CACCAUUCAGUCUUUGCGUCCCGAUCAGCGAGCAACAGCGUUCUAAACGAAGAAACUACGCUGGCCCGAGAAAGACUCGCUGCUCCACCAUACACAGACUGAGAAAGCUGAAGCCGCCAACACCGGCAAACUAGCAGAAGCGAGACAAUAGAGAGAGAUGACCCUCGCUAUAGACGAUGAGGGAUUCCGUUCUCGUGGGACCAUGACCCGAACAGAGACAACGGCACCCCAUCCCGACACUUGUCCAGAUGCGACUUCUAAAGACAACCGGGCUGUUGACGUCAGAAAAGUUAGGGUGCUUCGACCUAUAUACUCGCAGUCUAAUUUUGACCUUCUCCAUAGGCAUUCUUCCGAGGUACUUCAGGAAAAGAAAAAUGAAGAGAAUCGAAGUUGGCGUAAACGCUGCGCAUGCUCUUCGGGAUGUCUUUGUCGGUUUUUACUUCGGCUGUUUCCGUUUGUCGGAAUUCUACGCCAGUAUAGAUAUCCGCAGUGGCUGGUGGGAGAUAUAGUGGCAGGGCUCACAGUGGGGGUGAUGAAUUUACCUCAAGGUAUGGCCUAUGCCAUGAUUUGCGGUCUUCCACCAGUCCAUGGUCUAUAUGCGGCCUUCUUCCCUACCUUGGUCUAUUUCUUUUUUGGAACAUCUAGGCACAUUUCUAUAGGGUCUGUAGCCACGUCUAGUUUCCUCGUCGGCUCUUACGUUGAUAGACAGACCGCAGCGUGGAGCCCGUCUAGCUUGUUGCCUAGCAACGGUAUAUACAACACGUCUCUUGGAAACGGGAUAGUAUGUGAUGUGGACACCACGGACAACUUGGAAUGUGUUGAUUAUAAGAUUAAUGUCGUCGUGGCUUUAAUGUUGUUGGUGGGCGUUUGGCAGUUGCUGAAGGGCUUACUCCGUCUUGGUUUCAUCACCAACUACUUGUCUGAUCCCCUCGUCAGUGGAUUCACCACAGGAGCCGCCUGUCACGUGUUUUCUUCACAGAUUAAACACGUGUUUGGAGUCAGUGUUAAGACUGAGCCAAGUCCAUUCAAACUGAUCAACUUUUACAGCAAAUUUCUCCCUGCUGUAUCCCAGACCAACCUGACGGCUUUGAUCAUGUCAUCCAUUUGCAUUCUUACUCUAGUUCUGGUCAAAGAAUGCAUUAACGCCAGAUUUAAGUCCAAAAUGAAGGUACCAGUCCCCAUAGAACUAUUGGUGGUGAUUUUGGCGACCGCCGUGUGUUACCUGGCUAAAUUAGACGAGGUUAACGAUGUAGUGGUAGUUGGGAAGUUCUCUGCUGGACUUCCACAGCCCAGAGUACCACCUCUAACGUAUUUCGGAGAUGCCGUUCUGGAAUCCAUUGUCAUAGCAAUUGUAUCCUACUCUAUCAAUAUAUCGCUAGCUAAGAUGUUUGCCAAAUCAAAUGGCUAUAUCGUGGAUGCCAACCAGGAAUUAGUUGCUUACGGACUGAUGAAUGUUGUUGGGGCCAUCUUCACCUGCUCGUCUCCGGGCGCCGCCAUGAGCAGGUCUUGUGUGCAAGAGACUACAGGUGGGAAGACGCAGGUUGCAAGUGUAAUAUCUAGCGUCUUCAUCCUUAUUAUCAUUUUGUUCGCCGGACCAUUGUUUGAAACACUUCCAAAGUGUGUUCUUGCCUCCAUCAUCAUGGUGGCUCUGAAAGGCAUGUUCCUGCAGGUCAAAAGCAUCAAGAGACUGUGGGGGAUUUCUAGAUUUGAUUUUGCCGUCUGGAUCGUUACUUUCCUUGGGGUAGUUAUCCUUGACUUGAAGUAUGGCCUCAUGAUAGGAGUUGGUUUCUCCCUGCUCACCGUCGUGUUCAGGACACAGUGGCCGUACACGUGUUUGUAUGGGAGAGUACCCCACUCGGAUAUAUACAGAGACAGCAAUAUAUACAAGACGGUGGAGGAGAUUCCAGGUAUCAAGAUAUUCCACUUUGGAUCAUCUCUGUAUUACGCCAACGCUGAACACUUCCGGAGCAAGCUGUACGCAGCUACUGACUGUGAUCCGGCACUCCUGAAAGCGAAACAGAUGAAGAGCAAAGAGAAAAGCGAAGCGUUGGAGAAAGAGAGAGAGAAGGAAGAGAAGAAAACACAAAAAGUAGAGUGCAUUCCUACCACAAUAAAGAAGACUACAGAAGUGAACGGUAUAAGUAACAGAGGUAUGAUAGGCCUGUCCAAAGAAGUACUUAGCCUCCACAUAGAGGACGUCCAACCUGAUGACAAAUUACCCUCAGAAGUUAAUGAAGAGCUUCCACCUCAGCCCGCUAUUCAUCAUAUCAUAGUUGACUGUUCCGCCAUGGCUUUUGUAGACGCUGUUGGUAUCCAGGCUCUGAAACAGAUUGUAUGUGAUUACAAAGACAUUGGAGUCCAGGUUGUUUUUGCGCAUUGCAGAGAUGAGCUUACUGAGACAGUCCAGAAGAAUGUAUUCCUCGGUGACCAAGGCAGAGACGCCAUCUAUCUUACGGUCCACGACGCAGUACUUGCUGUACUGACAACCGAACUACCCCUGCUUCAGAAGUUAGAAGAUGACACCCUCAUCACCUCCCAUGGUCCAGGAACUGAAGCAUCAGUGGCAAAAACAAAUGGUUUUUGA